CGGUUGACAAUUCUACACAGUUGGCAUGCUUCUCAGUGAGGGGGGUAGAGUGAGCAAGUGGCAGGCAGAGAGCGACUUCUGAGAGGGGGAUAAUCCCAUCUCCACCCUCCUAGGUCAUUUUCUUGACAUUUUUUUCCAGGGAAGCCAGGAAAGGGCAACAAGGAUGACCCAGGGAUCCAUUAAAUGCACCUGAAAUUCUGCACCUCUCCGUCCUCCAACUGAAUCUCACAUACUGACCCCUCACCAGUUCCUGUCUCCAUUCCUUUGCAGCGUUGUCCCCACUGUACUCCAGCUGGAGGACUCAACUUUUUUUUUCUGGAAAAUCCUCCCAUUUCUCUUCCACUCCAUCAUGACCCUGCUGGCCUCUGAAAGGUCCCUUCUCAUCCGAAACAAGUUUCGUUCCGUCCUGCAGCUGAGGAUACAGAACCGCAGGCAACAGAAUGAAAUCAACUCAGAUUCCAGUGUGAAAAGUACUUGCCACCCUCAAGUAGGAGAGAAAGAGAAGGAGUGUACUUCUGGGUGUCUUUCAGAUGACAGCCCUGCCCACAAGGCUCCCCCUAGUGGUGGCCUGAAUACAGAACCUGCAAAGAGUAAAGUACAGGCCUGGAGCUGUGGGGCAGGACUGAAGCAGAAGAGAGCCCGAUUGGCAGAGGAUCUCAGUGAGAAGAUCCAGCGCCGACCUGGUCCUCUGGAGCUCCUGCAGAAGCACAUCCUGCCCCUAGAAGCUGCUCCCAUUCCUCUCCCUGAGUUGUCAGAUCUCUCUGAAGAUGAUAUCUCCUGCUCCUCCUCUUCCUCCUCCUCAUCUCCUGAGCAACUCGGGAUUCACCAGUCGCCAGGUUUCUCUACAUCUCCAGGGCUGGUUGGGGACCAGUCGCUAAGCGACUCGUCUCAUGCAGCCUCCCUAAGUCAGAGUCCCAACAGCUUUCAGUGUAGCUUGGCUAUGCCCCCGGUAACCGAGGGCAUCUGUCAAACAAAAACCAUGACUGUGAUUGAAUCCGACUCCAUGGCAACGCCCAGGAGAGCCAAGGGAAUCUUCCUAACUAUCCAGGCCCCACCUCUGCUGCCCAAAACAGCCCAGCCAUCUACUUCACCUCCCCAGUCCUGUCUUGCUUCCUCUGUCCCUCCAACACGCCCGCCACGCUCUAAGAAGCCCCGUGAUUCCAAACCCAAAAUUAAGAAACUGAAGUACCACCAGUAUAUACCCCCUGACCAAAGAGGCGGGGCUGGGGGUGCAACGAGUGGAGGCUCCGCCCCAGUCCCACCCAUUGACCCUGCCUACUCCCGCCUCCUGCAACAGCAGCAGGUGUUUCUACAGCUGCAGAUCCUAAACCAACAGCAGCAGCAGCAGAACACAUUGACACACAGUCCUGAGCCUCAGAUAGUGCAGUAUACUGGAGCUACACCAAGCACCUGUCCCCAGUCCGUCCCCAUAGCAACAAACCCUGGCUGCAGCCCAGAUCCCAUCCACAAACCUGAGCUCCUUCCCGCCAACCUCGACGACCUCACGGUCUCCGAGCUCCGUCAGCAACUCCGUAAGCGGGGGCUUCCUGUGUCGGGCACUAAGCCCUCUCUCCUUGAGCGCUUGCGGCCCUACCAGCUGCCCCGGUCCUGCCUCGCCCCCACGCCCCUGUGUCCACCGGGGACCCCAGUGUUGGCCCCCAACCUCAGCCCGGAUCUCCCGGCCGACACCUACAGGCAGCACAGCAAUUUGCCCUCCAGGGGUAGUAGUGAGCAGGCCUCUGGGUUUCUCGCCAUCACCAGCACCGCUGCUCUCCCACUUCCGUCCUCGUCCCCUCUGACCUCCGGCAUCUCCUGGCGACCAGGCCAGGCAGCAGAGGAGAUCAGUGUGGAGAUGGAGAUGAGGGAGAGGAUGAGGAGUCGCCCAAGGGACAGAACUCCCAAAAUAUGCCUGGACGUGGUUGGAGACAGUUCUCCAGAUAAUUCGCUCCAUCCAUUCCUGCAACAGGAACCUGGGUGCGAGCAGGAGAGCUCAGAAACUCAUAGUCAGACGGAGGUCUUGUUUACGCAGCCCUGCGAUGCGAUUGGCCAGGACUUUGAGUUGCCCAUGCAGAUCACCGCCAGUCCAGUCCAGACCAGUUCCAGUGGGCGGAGCCUGGAGGAGGAACUACAGGAGGCCAUUCAGAGAGUCCUGAUGGCUCCCAGCCAGUCUAUAGACGACAUUCUGGAUGAACCACUAAGCUGCACAGAUACAGCUUCUUCGGUCUCUGAGUCCCAGACUGUGGUUUCCUCCCUGUCAGGAUCCUCUCCACCUUCCCACGUUGACCAAUCACCAUCAUUUCUGCACCCAUCCAAAGAUGAAAACCCCCUGUCCUCCCCACUCUGCUCCUCUCUCCUUUUGGAGCUUCCUCCAUCACCCUCCAGCUCCAUUCAGCUUUGCCAGCCGCAGCCCCCUCUGCCUCCUCCUAUCUGCACCACACCUCCUACUGCAACCUUGUCCAGGAAGAGACGAGAGGCUGCGACCUUUGACCCUGCCGACUGGCUGGAGUCCCUGACGUCUGGCCUUCGACCUUUGACUCCUCCGGCUGCCCCAUUUGUGGAAACUGAUUUUGGCCUGGACUCUGACCUCAACGUGAAUCGGAUUUUGGAUUUGAUGGUGGAGCAGUGGUGAUGGUAGGACCCAGUGCGUGUGUUUUCGUUUGUGUGCAGUGGGGAUAAAGGCAGAAUGCCCACCCUAAACCUUGCCACACUUGUGAAUUUCUUUCAAUGUUUGUGACUUUCUCGGGAAAAAAAAAAAAAAAAAAACAAUUCCUGAGUUGGACUACGAGGGUGACUAAAGCAAAAUUCUAAAAAAUGCUACAAUAGCACAGUGAUUGGAGUGUUGUGAAUCAAGCAUCUUCCGUCUUGUGGAAUGACAGAGGCAGGAAAAUGCGAUGGCCCACAACAGGGGUGUGACUGAUAUACCAAUAAAUUCAGUCCUCAAAUGUUGUCGAAAUUCAUACCAAACCCUUGCACUCUCUGACCAAACAACUUGAUUCUGCAGUGGGAAUGAAACUAUCAUGCCUCCAAGAAGGGAAUCGCCUGUCUGAUGUCUAAUAUACUCUGCCUUACUGUUGACCUCUGGCCUUGAGUUCAGCUCAUGGUGCAAGAGCAGAUGGAACAGCUGCUCCUGCCAAAGCUACCUCCUCAUCGGGCUAUUGUAGUCACCACAAUGGGAAGAAUUUUGUUUUUGCUGCCUCUUAACAUGGGUUUGUUUUCCACCUCUUUGUCUCUCCAUCCACAUUCAUCCUUCCUUUCUCCACCCAUGUCCACUGUUGUGACCAAACAGGUAGCGUUAGAAGGUCCUCAGCGACGGUCUGUGUGCCACGCAAGGUCGAGACACGGACUCCGCCGAAUCGCCUGCUGUUAGCCUAGAUCCAAAAAGGAGGGGAAGGAUGGCACACGCCCACGCGGAAUAACACAGUCACAUAUGUCCCAGACAGUCCGAGGCUUCUGCCAAGAUUCCACGGGGCGUUGCUGUGCCCUUAUUAAAAAGCGCCAUGUCUGUGUCUGUAAGCACUGUGUUGUGCAUUUGGCAGGGCUGAAUUUAGGGCAGUGGGAGCCCCGAGCUAAAAUCAUCGUUGAGGCUCUACCUACAGCAUAAAAUGCUUCCGGAAUGGAAAUAAACCCCCUACAAGUCAGGGCCCAGGCUGCGACCCAGGUUCACUCCUGCAUCAACCCGGUCCUGGUGCCGGAACACUACCAGGGAGAUUCGGGGUUCAGAAGCAGGAUUUCCAUCACACACCGUGAUCGAAACAGGUCAAAGCUUGGUAGCUCUUAAAGGAUGUCUAAGUGACCGUCACCAAGGUGACUUGCAUACAAACAAAGCCGUUUAACAGCCCGGGUUUGACUUACAGGUGGUGAUUUUACCCAUUUUUGAUUAAUUUAUUGCAUAACUUAUUCUGGCAAUGUUAUCCAUUGACGUUAAAGUUGUACUCUGAUUUUAGAAAUUAAAAAGUCUUAAUUGCUUUCA